AUGCCUUCUUAUGCAAAGUUUCUGAAUGAAAUUCCCUCAGAUAAGAGGAUACUUGAAGAUCAUGAGGCUGUUGCCUUAACUAAGGAAUGCAGUGCUAUCCUUCAAAGGAAACUUCCUCCGAAGCUCAAAGAUCUAGGGAGUUUUUCAAUUCCAUUCCAUAUUGGAGAAUCAUUCUCUACUAAAGCUCUAUGUGACUUAGGGCCUAGUGUAAGCCUUAUGCCCCUUUCCAUAUAUGAAAAGCUCAACAUUGGUGGCCUUAAGCCAACCAAUGUUUCUCUUAAGUUAGCAAACAGAUUAGUUAAAUAUUUGGAAGGGAUCUUGGAGAAUGUCCCACUUAAGGUUGGAAAAUUUUACAUCUUGAUUAACUUUGUCAUUCUAAACAUGGAAGAGAAUUCUCACAUCCCUAUCAUUUUAGGGAGACCUUUCCUAAUUACAGUCAAUGCUUUGAUUGAUGUGAAAGGUAAAAAGCUUACUCUUAGAGUGGGAGGGGAUCAAUUAGCUUUCAACAUUGGCAAUGCUAUGAAAAGGCACUAUUAA